CUCAGCUUCACCACCAGCAACAACCACAUCACCAAUAUCUCGCCCAGCCUUGAGCCUCAACCACGCGCGGCACCAGUCUCCCGCGGGCUGCGACCUAAGCGCAGAAAUUCUCAGCUUGGACGAACCCGCCGCCACCACCAGCAGCGCUUCUCCCAGCGCAAUAACCUACAAGACACACGACCAUGAUCUGCAGACGGUGCCUGCAGCGCUCUGCCGAGCUCGUCGGCCGCGCCUCCACGACGACAGCGACAACGGCCCCGGCCCGGACCUUCUCCCUCGGCCCAGCCGCCUCGAGGAUACGAUCUUCGCUACCCGCCAGCCGCGUCACCCUCACAUCAUCAACCACGGCCGUGGCCACACGGUGGUAUUCCUCCUCGCCAGCACCGCAGCCCCCGUCGCCUGGCCCAGACACGCCCUUGGGCGAUGAUGCCGACCCCGCCGCCAGCGACAAGCCCAAGCUCUCGUCGUGUCCCGAGGGCACGGUGCUCACGGGGCUCAACUACUUCAAGGGCAAGAACGACCCGGUCGCGCUCGCCGACGAUGCGUAUCCAGAGUGGCUCUGGUCGUGCCUGGACGUGACCAAGAAGGCCGACGACGCCGCGGACGAGGACGCCGGCGACGAGUUCUCCAAAUCCAAGAAGCAGCGCAAGCUCGCCGCCCGGCGCGCCCGCCUCGCCGAGGCCCGCGCCUUGGCCGAGGGCAACCUGGACGCGCUGAUGCCCAAGGUCCCCCUGCAGGAGCAGAGCAUCAACCUCCCUGGCAACGAGGCCGGCACUGUCGAGGGAGCCGUUGCGGCGGCCGCCGCCCGCGAGGAGCUGCGCAAGGCCAUGCGCAAGGAGCGCAAGGCCAAGAUCCGCGAGGACAACUACCUCAAGAGCAUGUAAAACAAAAAAAACCACGAUGAUCAUAACGACAGGGUCGGCAAUAAAGGUCCCCAAGGGGGGGUUGUGCAAGCAGCAACGUGGAGGGGCUUCGGAUAUUGCCGUCAAAACAUGUUGGCGUUGUUGUUGGCGUUGUUGUUGCCGUUGUUGUUGGAAGCAGUGCGGAAUCGGCAAUGGCAAAACUGGAUGGACGCAUGACAUUUCAAUAACCAGCCCAGACUCACAUCUUGUUUCAUGGCUGGACUUGACCCGCGCCUUCCCGCGCCGUUGAACGACCCAGGAGACCCGCGGUGGACUCGUCGUACACGUUUAAAGGAGCAAUAAACUAUGGCGUUGUAUAUACCGCUUGUAAAGAUAGAGAGAGACCGCAGAGGGUCUAAGAUAGUCAGCGGGUUCACCUCUGAACCCUGUACUAUAUGUCACAUUAUGAACAAAA